UUAGAUUUGAACUGCGCCACUGAGGCGGCGGCGAUGGCGGCCUGAGGCGGCUUCGAUCGUCCGCGAAGAGCUGCGCUCCUCAGGGGCCGCUUGAGCCUCGGCCCGGCGGCCGGUGGGCUGGCCGGACCCCCGUCCCCCGCACAACAGGGAAAGUUCUCUUCAAAGAUGGAUACAAUCUACUCUGAAGCCAUGGAGGAAAAGGAGCUCACCCUUCCCACGCAGCGACGCUCCUCGAUCUUGAAAGUUCCCCGGAGUCCACUACGAGACCUCAGAAGUGGAAAUGAAAUCAUUCAGGAUAUCGGUGCCACGAAAGGCCGGAAGAGCUCUCGACGAGUCAGUUUUGCUGAAACUAUAAAGGUAUUUCAGAGGAGUCCCGACUCAAACAGCGAGGAACAGCCAGAAGAUUUAGGGAAAACAGCUGAAGAAGGAGAAAACAUUCCACUUAGCCAGAAGGAAAGGCCGGAGGAUAUGCUAUGUGAGAUCAGCGGCAUGGACACUCUGCUAAACGCCCCUAUCCAGGCGCCAUUGCAGCAGACUGAGGGACCAACUGGGGGCUCCGCCUACGGAGAUCGGCCAGCGGAUGACAGAACCGUGGUCUUUGCAGAUGAAAACCAAAUGGAUCUCACGGCCAGUCACACCGUGAUGAUCUCUCAGGGCCUCUUAGAGAGGACUGAGGAGUCCAAGAAGAUAGACACCAAAUCGUUCCUGGCUAGCCUGAAGGACAACACCACAGGGUCGGAGAGGAGUGAGAGCUGCGGUUUCUCCCCCAACCCUAAUGAAGCAGCCGAUGAGUAUGUUCUCCAAGUCGAACCAAACCUCCCUUCUGAUAAGAAGUUCAAUUUCAGUGACUUGUUGAGUAGAUUGAGACCAGGCCAACCUACUAACGCCCCAGGCAACGGGCCUGAUACAGAAAACACUCUUACCUCUCUCCCAUCUGGAGAUCCCGGCAGCGAUGUGUGUCUUCUGGGCCAAGAAGAUGGUAGCUACAGGACCAGACUCUUCAGCGAGCAAGAUGAUGGAAUGGACAUGACCCAGCACCACACAGCUGUCAUUCAGACCUUCGGGCCCCCGGGCAGCGAGGCCUUGUUAAAGCCAGGUGAAUGUCGGGGAGGAACUUUUGGUGGCCCCGAAGACUUUAUGGAUUUGACCGUGAAUCAAACCGGACCCAUUUUCUCCUUUGGACACGAGCCUUCCGACAGAGAGAACUGGGGUUCCGAGGUCCCAGUGGGUCUGACCAGCAAUCCUGGGGUUUGCGGUAUUCUGCCACAGGACCCCAGUCCCGAAGACCUAACAGAAAUGGAUAUCACCAGAAGCCACACGGUGGUUAUAGACAAUCACACGAUGCCACAGGCAACCGGGGGUCCGGCACCCACAUGGCCCAGCACAGCCUUUCCAGGGGCUUGGGCCAUUUUUGACGCUAGCCCCAAGGAGGCCUCGGAAAAUCCCGUGAGUUUCUCGGCUGGGGCAGUUAGUAAAAAUCCACUGGGGUCUGGCCAGAGUUAUCCCAAGAUGCCUCCGAAAACAGAGCAGGCCGUCCCCGCAUCCUCAGGGCCGAUCCAGAAGCCCCUCCCUCUAGGCGGCAGGUUGGCGGUUUCCAGUUUGGACGCGGCAGAAGAAAUGGAAAGAACCAAAAGCCACACGGUGGCCAUUAGCCUCCAAGAUGUGGAAGAGGCCACCUCGCAGAAGGCAGGGUCUCAAACUGAAGCCCCUCUUGAUGCCAGAGACCUUGAGAAAGAGGAGGCAUUGGAAGAUCCCGGGGCAGGCAUUCCUUCCAGGCGACCGCCGUCUUCUGAUGCCACGGGGCGCGAUGACGUCGAAGUCACUACAAGCCAGACUCUUGACAUUAACAGCCGUGUCUUGAAACCCGCUUUAAAGGGAAGUUCCAGAGGGCCUGAGCAACUGAGAAAAAGUCUAGCUCUGUCGUCGUCUACCUCUUCUUCUGCUCGGGGCUUUGCCUUUUUAGAGGCACAGCAGAAUCUAGGCAGGCCCAAAAGCCAUCCCACCGUCACUGACUUGGGAACUGGCCCUGCACUGCCAAAGGGUGACGAUACAGUCCCCCCGAGUAAAAUCUGUAAACCACUGAGCGGGCUGCCUAACAGAGCCCUCGUCACUCCUGAUUCAUUGGAUAAGGAUUUCACCCAAAGCCAGGCUGGGCCAAUAAAGCAGGACGGCUUUGGGCUGGACUUCCGUCAGGCACAGCCAACUGCAAACUCCGAAAAGACAAUUUCCACAGUGCCAGAGCAUAGUUCUUGGCCCAAGAAGAUGCCAUCCAAGAGAGCCUCAAUCGCAAAGCCUCCUGCUACUGAGAAGACCCAGGAGUUUUCAGAGGGUGACAUGGAGCUAACUAGGUGUCACACAACUUCAGUGGAAGGUAAAAAUGUCUUAGGAGGGCAAAGAGCCAUUAGAACCAACCCGCCGGGGCUUGUCGACAAAACAGUAGUAUUUGCAGAUGAUCUCGAUGACUUGGAACUGACGAGGUCCCACACUGUCAACAUUGAUCUCAACCGCCUGGAGAAGACGGCGAUUCCAGACAAGUCCACGUCAGAGGUGGGUGGAAAAACGGGCUUGGCUGAGCCGAAGGCGGCGUCUACCGGCAGUGACAAGACCAUCUUCUUUUUGGAGGAUGACCAAGGUGAUAUGGAGAUCACCAAAGGGCUGACGGUCACAUUAGGGGGCAGAAGCUUUCUCCUGGGUGAACCACAAGAAAGUGGGUCCCUUCCUCUCGCUGCAGAAAAAACAGUCGUGUUUUCGGACGAUCUCGAUGACCUGGAACUGACCAGAUCCCACACUGUCAACAUUGAUUUCAAAACCCUGGAAAAGAUGACGAUUCCAGACAAGUCCAUGGCAGAGGUGUUCAGGAGACCAGGCUUGCCUGAGCCAGUGGUGCUAAUUCCCGGUAGUGACAAGACCAUCUUCUUUUCGGAGGACGACGAAGACGAUAUGGACAUCACCCAAAGACAUUCGGAUCCAGUAGAUGGCAAAAACUUUGUCCUGAGUGAAUGGCAAGAGACUGGGAUGCUUCCUCUCCCUACAGAAAAAACCGUUGUGUUUUCAGACGAUCUCGAUGACCUGGAACUGACCCGAUCCCACACCGUUAACAUUGACUUCAAGAUCCUGGAGAAGACGGUGAUUCCAGAUAAAUCCGCGUCAGAGUUGGUUAGAAGAACAGGCUUGGCUGAGCCAGUGGUGCUAUCUUCCGGUAGUGACGGGACAGUCUUCUUUUCGGAGGAUGACGAAGGUGAUAUGGAGAUUACCAAAGGGCAUACGAUCAUGGGAGAUGGCAAAAUUAUUCUUACUGGUGAGCAGCAAGAAAGUGGGAUGCUUACUGUCCCUGCGGAGAAAACAGUCGUGUUUGCGGACCAUCUCGAUGACCUGGAACUGACCAGAUCCCACACUGUAAAAAUCGAUUACCAAAACUUGGAGAAGACAGUGAUUCCAGACAAGUCCAUGGCCGAGGUGGUUAGAGGAAAAGGCUUGGCUCAACCAAAGGCGAUGUCUACCGGUAGCGACCAGACCAUCUUCUUCUCAGGCGAUGGCGAGAGUGAUAUGGAGAUCACCCAAAGACAUACAGACCCAGUAAGUGGCAAAAGCGUUCUCCUGGGGAAACAGCAAGAAAGCGGGAUCCUUACUGCCCCUGCAGAAAAGACAGUUGUGUUUGCAGACGACCUCAAUGACCUGGAACUGACCAGAUCGCACACUGUUAACAUCGACUUCAAGAUCCUGGAGAGGACGACGAUUCCAGACAAGUCCACGGCAGAGGUGGAUAGAACAGGCUUGACUGAACCAGAGAUGGCAUCUACCGGUAGCGAUAAGACCAUCUUCUUCUCAGGAGAUGGCGAGGGUGACAUGGAGAUCACCCAAAGACAUACGGACACAGUAAGCGACAAAAGCUCUCUGCCGGGUGAACAGCAAGGAAGCGGGAUCCCUACUGCCCCUGCAGAAAAGACAGUCGUGUUUGCAGAUGAUCCUGAUGACUUGGAACUGACCAGAUCGCACACCGUUAACAUUGAUUUCAAAAUCCCGGAGAGGACGACAGUUCCUGAGAGGUCCACGGCCGAGGUGGGUAGGGCAGGCUCGGCUCAACCGAAGAUGAUGUCGGCCAGUAGUGACAAGACCAUCUUCUUCUCAGGCGAUGGCGAGAGUGAUAUGGAGAUCACCCAAAGACAUACGGACACAGUGGGUGGCAAAAGCGUUCUCCUGGGAAAACAGCAAGAAAGUGGGAAGCUUACUGUCCCCGCGGAGAAGACGGUUGUGUUUUCAGACAAUCUCGAUGACUUGGAACUGACCAGAUCGCACACUGUUAACAUUGACUUCAAGAUCCCGGAGAGGUCCAUGAUUCCAGACAAGUCCACGGCCGAGGUGGAUAGAAGAGCAGGCUUGGCUGAGCCCAGGGUGGCGUCUGCCCUUAGCGACAAGACCGUCUUCCUCUCAGGGGUUGGCAGUGAUGCUGUGGGGAUCACCAGGAGACACAGCGUUCUCCCGGGCGAACGGCGAGUAAGUGGUGUGGUUCCCGCUCCCGCGGAAGAAGCAGUUGUGUUUUCUGCCAAUCUCGACGGCCUGGAGCCAACCAGCUCUCACCCCGCCGACCCAGGUUAUGAGACCUUGGAGAAGAUGAGGAUCCAAGACAAGUGUUCCUCAGAGGGAAAUUGGCGCAAAAGCUUGACUGGGCCAAAGACUGAGCCCCCUCCGGAUGAUUCGCCUCGAAAAUGCCAUACUUUAGCGUUAGGCCAGGAUCUCGAAAAGGUAGUCAAGCCUAAAUCAAAGAGAGUGUCAUUUAAGCUCCCGGAGGGUCGUUCGGAAAACCUCCCUGCUAAGGCAGGAGAAAGCCAAGGGAAGGAGACCCCAGAAGAUGACGUCUUUUUUACCUCUCCACCCCCACCAGGAUUAGAGGAGAAGAGACACGAUGUCUCCGGUCCCAAGGCGUCGAAGCCUCCGGGCCCUGAGAACGGAAAUCCGAAGGGUCCUGUCGGAGAGCGUCCAGUGGCUGCAUGUGAAAACGAAUCCCAGAUGUUCCGGGCUGCACAAGAGCCCGAUAGCCUCGGUGAGAGGAAGGGAAAAGAAAAUGUGCCAGCGCAUGGAGGAGAUAGUGCCGGGGGAGACUCUCAAACUAAAUCGGACCCGCCUACGCAGAUGGACCCGAUCCCUAGCAGCGCUUCCCAACUGCCCGAGCCGGCAGUGCCCUCCGAAACCUCGGGGAUCACCAACAUCAAGGUGCAGCUCCGUAAGAUGAAGAGGAAGUCAGAAGUCAUUUCACCCCCGCAAACUGACCCCAAAUCAAACGUCCCAGAGCAGUCGUCCACGGCGGCACAACAGGCAGACGACUACGUGCCCGCGGCCAAAAGCCGGGACCAUCCCAGCACGAGCAGUAAGACGUCCCCGGGCGACCGUCCCCCCAGCAAGGGGAAGACGGAUCCCAGAGAUGCCGACCCUCCUGGUGCCGGAAGCGCAUCUGCCCAGCCCGUUCUCAAGGAGAAAAGUAAGGUGGGGCGGCACUCCCUGUGGGUCUUCUUGCCCAAGCUGCCGAACAGAAGGAACUGCAGCGUCACAGGGGUGGAGGGUCCAGAGGAGAGGCCAGAGGUCCUCUAUGACCAGCAGUUUUUGGACAGCCAGCCCUCCACCAGCCAAGCCGGAAAUUUCGCGUUUUUCGAUGCCCAGACGAAACUGAGCCCCACCGGGUACAUAAGCGAGGAGUUCCUCCCCGGGGCCCCCGAAGAGACGGAUUCCCUCGAAGCCUGGGAGGAGAUGGGCCUCAGAGAGAGCCCGUCCCGCCACGACGCCGUCCAGGAGGCUUCCAGCAGCCACAAAAGAUCCAGGCCACUUGAGGAUGCGGACAAGCACCUGGACAAGAAGGUCCGGAAGACGAGGAGCAGCUCCGUCGGGGCCGCGGAGCAGUCCCACCAGGCCGAAGACCAGAAGGGUAAGAGUUCUCCCGGCCACCUCGCGAAGAGCUUGAGCAGGACUCCCGCUAGCUGCAGCAGCUCCCUGGACUCCACCAAGGCGGAGGGGUCGUCCAUGGAUUUCAGCAUGCAGCGAAGCAGUCACAUGGAGUCUCAGUUCUCCAGGGACAGUAUGUGCGAAGAAAGCUUGAAGGAGAAACUCAAGGAUGGCCGGAUCACCGUGGGCGAGUUCUUCACCCUUCUCCAAGUCCACAUCCUGAUCCAGAAACCCCGGCAGAGCAAGCUUCCAGGGAAUUAUGCCUUGAAUGCCCCGUCCUCUCCAGAAGACCUGUUUAUGAGCCAAUAUGUCUACCGCCCCAAGAUCCAGGUUUACGAAGAGGACUGCCAGGCUCUCCGCCAGACAAUUGAGGAGUUGAAGCUGUGCACCAAGAGUCAAGAUAAACUCCUGGUGGACGUAAACAGGAGCCUGUGGGAAGUGAUGCGAGGCUGCUCCGAUGAAGAGCUGAAGACCUUCGGAGAAGACCUGAACAAGAUGAAGUCACGUUUCACCAAGAAGAGCAAACUCUUGGCCCAUCAACGGAAGGUGGCUCUGUACAGUAAACUGGUGCAAUCCAGUCAGCUCCAAUGGGAAAAGCUCCAGAGCGGGAUGGAGAGGACGGAUAGCAUGCUGGAGGAAGCGGAUUCCUGCCUUGCGGUGCUGCAGAUAGAAACGGAGAUCCUGGAGCAGUGUGAGGAGGAUGCCAGCCCUGACUCAGACUCCGACAUGGAAUGGAAAUGUGGAAUGAGAGCUGUGAAACAAGAACUGGAGAGCCUGCAGAGUCAGGAGGAGGAGUUGCUAAGGACCGUAGCAGACCUGAAGAGGGAGAAACAGCAGGCUCUUUCAACGAUGAGCCUUUGGCAAGAAGAAACAAAAAGAGCGGAAAAGUGGAUCAGUAAACUCACCUUCUCAGAGUGGGAGAUCAAGGAAUGGAACAAUCAGCAGGCCUCAUUCACCUUCCUUUAUGACUCACUGGACCUCACCUUCACCUUUGGGGAGCCCGUGGGUAAUUCUCUCUUUAACGACAAGCCUUGUAGGACGGUCAUUGACGUGAACUUUGAAUCCCAAUUAGACGUGGACAGAGUGCCUCCAUCCACCCUGCUCGUUCACAGGCUCAUUUUCCAGUUCAUAGAGGAGCAGGGAUCCUGGAAGGAGGCUUACCCAACCCAACUCCAGAUACCCAAGAUGCUGCACGACUUCUCUCUGGUAGUGAGCCGCUGCCGCCUCCUGGGAGACGAGAUUGAGUUUCUGAGUAGAUGGGGCCCGAAGUACAGCCUCAUCAAGAUAGCCGUGAACGGAAACGAGGUGAAGCUCUUAUUCUCCAGCACCGCAUCCUUUGCAAAGUUUGAGCUGACGAUGUCUCUGUCGGCCAGCUACCCAAUGGUCCCGCUGCCCUUCACCUUCCAGAACCGCAUUGGGAAGAUCAGCCAAGAUGACGUGGCCGCCGUCCUGUCCAGAGUGCCCCUGGGCUCCAACUACCUGAAGACCGCCGUCCAGCUCAUUCACCGGGAUCUACUCCAAGGACCCCCCAAGGGCCCGCUAAGUCCCGGAGAGGCACCUCAGUGACAUAAACGGAUCCUCUUCCUCCUCGAGAGCAGCUUUCCGCUGGCGGUCCGGGCGACUUUGGCCCGAUGGAGCCACGGCUAGCGGUGCCGGGUCAGCGGGGCACCGCUUGGUUCCGUGGCGAUAACUUGGACAGCUGGGAGAACCCAGCUCCAAACCAGAGCAGCUCUUGGGGGUUGGGAGGGGAGGCCGAGUCCACUGGUGAAGAGAACAAGUGGCUUCCCCCGGGGUCGGGGGAGCCCUGUUGGCACCCCUGUGCCAGGUGCCUUGAGCAUCGCCCGUUCUUCUUGUUCCUGUUUCUUGACCAGCCCCGUUUCGGCUGAGAAACGUCUCCCCGAGCUGCCCCAGGAACCCUGCCCGUCAGGUCAGGCCAGUGAAUACAGGUCCACUGGACCGACCGCCUCUUCUGACUUACGGUCGUUUGGCUGUGUCGGGGUCCCCGGGGAUUUAAAUGUGCUAACCCCCUUUCUCGCACAAGAGUGGGGCCGAGUUGAAAUCUGUCCUCGGGGGAGGCGAAGCACUGGAGUAGGUGGCCUGUGGCCAGCGGGCGGCAGACACCUUUUCCUCCUAAGGAGGGUUCCGCCCGGGGGGAUGUCAGAACCCCUUUCGACGUCUUAUGCGCCCCCACCCCACCGUCCGGUGGGUCCACCUCCACCUCCCCUCCCGGGUCCGGUUCAUCCAACCGUUCCCCAUAGCAAUGUGAACAGGGCUUCCUGAGGGGCGCGAACUCUGACACCCCACCCCCCGCAUCCAACAGCACUUCCCUGACCCCGGUUGGCUUUUCCCUCUUUCCACCCUGGAAUCCGGCCAACGGGUAACAUCGGCAUCUGACUCAGGCUCCUCCACAGACAGAGUGUGUUGUCUCUCUAAGGCUGGCCUAGGGGAGGGCGGGUGACCUACACCCCUGCUCUCGGCGCCUAUUGAGCGUCUGAGCGAGGCGAAAGGUCGGUGCUUUCUCGCCGACCGGGCAGGGACAGGUGCUGACUCGGCUCGCGGUCAAGCUGAGCUCCCGCGUUCCUUCUUCAGCACCGGCGUCCCUUUGCCGUAACGAACUCCGGGGAACUCUCCGUGGGCCCUUGUCGCAAAUCUCAGGGAGCCUCCAUGUCGGCGCACCACCGGGGCCCUCGCCCUCCCUGGAGAGAAACCAAACCUCUUGCCUGUGAUCCGGGAGUCCUGAACCCAGAUCCUGGGGGGAAACAGCUAGGGAGCGUGGCCCGUCGGCCCUCUCGCCCCUUGGUUUCUGUAUGUUUGUAAAGUUUACCGUUUCUGUUAAUUAUCUGUCUUCUUCCGGUGCUCUGAGAGAACGGAAAGGUAUUUAAUAAAGUUUGUUUUUACUAUUA